UCUCACCACUAUUUACGUGUAGCUAUGGAAUUGUCGCAAACCGCUGUGGCCCAUUCGCGGGUCUCUUGCCAUGCGUGUCGCCAUGGCAAAAGGCGAUGUAAUCGAGUCCUUCCGACGUGCGAAUUGUGCAUGCGCAAAGAAGUACGCUGUAGCUAUCCAAAGCUACCAGCCAAACGCUCAUACACACCGGAGAUAAUUUGGGACGACUCUUCGUCGGUAGUUGACGACCAUCACCCGCAACAGCUGGAUCAACCGCCAGAUUUGGGGUCUACAUUUGAUACAGCAAGGGCUGUUCAGUUUCUAGCGCCCAAAGUAUUUCGCGACAUCCAGUUAGAAAUUCCUCCUCCCUAUGUACCGGUCCCAAGUGAUGUUGCGGCCUAUGUCGGAGACACUCAGCAGGUCCGCGACAUAGCGGCAGUGUUAUUCUCACAGGAUGCCUCAUGGCUACCAAUAGUGUGUCGGAAUCACUUUUUUAAUGCUUCACUUAACCCGUUAUCUCCGCGACGAGCGGAAGGCACGUUGUUAGCCUUGUGCAUGAAGCUGUAUUGCACAACUGCGGUCCACAAUGGUGGUAACCAAAAAACAGCGCUUUACAAGGCGUCAAAGCGAUAUCUCUCUGACAUAGAGGCAGCUGGUCUUAUGUCGCUACAUGUCCUCCAAGCAACAAUUUUUAUUGCGCUGUAUGAAAUAGGACAUGCGAUUUACCCCGCUGCUUAUCUGACCGUCGGUGCUUGCGCCAGAUAUGGUAUUGCUUUGGGCUUGGAUAAGCUCAUGACGAACAACAGCGACUUCAAUAGAUCGUGGAUGGAGAUAGAGGAGAAAAGAAGAAGUUGGUGGGCAGUGUUGGCGCUAGAUCGAUUUUUGAACUUCGGCGAUCCCUCAAGGCGUCUAGCUACAAGUGAUCCAGAGAUCAAUUACUAUCUUCCCGUAGACGAUCAAUCCUUUCUGGAUGGUGACAUAAUGCCGCCAGAUGCUAUUCCUAUCUCUGCCGCAUUUCACCUCAAGACAGGCAGUUUUGCUCGGCUGGCUCAAGCAACAUACUUGACAAGUCAAGCCCUCCGACUUGCUGCAGCUAUCGAAACACCUGGUACAGGGAAUAUAGUUUGUCUUGUGGGAGACACGGAACAAUUGCGUCGUACGCUCGAAGCACAAGUCAACGCUGCAGAACAAGAGCAUGCAGCUCGUAGAUUAUCAUUCUGCUGCCAAACUAUGUUUUCAUAUUGCGGAAUAUUUUUACUGCAACAUCAGCAGUGGCAGCAAGCUCGUCUCACUACUACAAGGGACGUAUGUAAUGGCAUGUUUCCGGAGACUAGACGAGCAUUAGAGGUCAUGGGACGCUUGGCAUCAGCUCUCCAAAAGGAUUUUGAAGGUGGAGCUGCCCCAGAAGAAGGCCUCCCCAUAUUCUUCAUGCAAACUUUAUAUCAAGCUACAACGAUAGCUAUGGAAGUGGGGCAAGGCAAAUCAGAUAAAGAUAUUGUAGAGAAGAUCCAUGCAUUCAGAUGGCUGCUACAGUACUUUUGUACGCGGUGGAAUAUGGCCAAAAUUUAUUUGGAAAUUUUACAUGCCAAGGAGGCUUUUCACGACUUCGAUAGCUUGAGACACAUGGUAUCGUUGUAUCAUGAGAAGAGCUUAUAGAAAACUAAUCACUCUUUCACGCUAUGUUAUAUGCUGAAAACUGCCAAUGAAGGAUCGUUGGUUAGUCGGUCUGCGGAGUAUAGGAAGCAACAGUUUAAUGAUAGAAUGACGAAGAAAUUGGCUUUUGAGCAAUAUUAGCACCGGUAUAAUCUUCUUCCUACAGCCAGAGUUCUGAGAGCCUUAGAAUACUACUGUCCAAGUCACUGACUUUAGAAAUUAAGAGAAGUCAACAUAGCG